UCGAGCCCAGGCAGCAAGGUCCCAGUCCCUGCAUCGAAGCCUCCUCACCGUUUCUCUUUACUAAAACCCAACACAACUCCAGCCUUUAAACCCCGCUAACAAACAAACCAGGAAACCCCACCCUCCAUGUCCCCUCUCACGCGCCUCUCCGCCCAAAAACACAUCUUCCUCACGCGCCACCUCUCGUCCUCCACCGCCUCCUCAAAACUGCACGAUAUUUAUUGCUUCAAGCCGCCACCUUCCCUAUCCCCUGAAAAACCUCAGACCUCCAACAACAACAACAACAACAAAAAGAAGCAAAAACCCGAAUAUCGCCCACCUUCUUCUCUUGAAACGAACAAGAAACCCUUGUGCUCCGACUUACCAUUCGAUUUCCGUUUUAGUUACACGGAGAGUAGCCCAGAUGUGAGGCCCAUUGGACUUAGAGAGCCCAAGUACUCACCUUUUGGGCCGGGCCGGCUAGACCGGACUUGGACUGGAGUUUGUGCACCGGCUGUCGACCUUAAGGUGAAGUCGGUUGAUGAUGGGGUGGGUGAGGAGGGUCUUGAUUUGGAAGAGAAACGAAUGGUUAUGAGAGAGAAGAUUCAAGGGAAGCCAUUAACUAAGGCGGAGGGGAAGAUUUUGGUGGACAAGUGUCAGAGGAAUAAAACUAAGAAGCAAAUUAAUUUGGGAAGAGAUGGUUUAACUCACAACAUGCUGAAUGAUAUUCAUAAUCACUGGAAACAUGAUGAAGCAGUCAGAGUUAAGUGCAUGGGUGUUCCAACUGUUGACAUGAAAAACGUCUGCACCCAGCUUGAGGAUAAAACCUUUGGGAAGAUCAUUCAUAGACAUUGUGGUCUACUUGUGUUGUAUAGAGGCAGGAACUAUCAUCCCAGGAACAGGCCCGUGAUUCCAUUGAUGCUGUGGAAACCUCAUGAGCCUGUAUAUCCCAGGCUGAUCAAAACCACUAUUGAUGGCCUAAGCAUCGAGGAGACAAAGGAAAUGAGAAAGAGAGGACUUGCAGUUCCAGCUUUAACAAAACUUUCCAGAAAUGGUUAUUAUGGUAGCCUGGUACCCAUGGUCAGAGAUGCUUUUCUCGUCAGUGAGCUUGUUCGAAUAGACUGCCAGGGCCUUGACAGGAGCGAUUCCAAGAAAAUAGGCUGCAAACUUAGGGACCUGGUUCCUUGUAUCCUUGUAACAUUUGACAAGGAGCAGAUUGUGGUAUGGAGAGGGAAGGACUAUAAGCCUCCAGAAGAUGAGGAUGAACAGUUCUUUGCUGAUCGACAACCUUUUGAUGAUCCACAGAGCGAUAUGGAUUGUAUCAAAGAGAAACUUAGCUCAGAUGAAACCAGAUUUCAGCCAGAGUAACCACUCUGCCAGUACUGAGUCGUUCCUUGCUGCAUAAUUAUAUCUCCAACUUGCAUUUCUUCUUGGACUUGUGCUUGUGCCUGUGCUCUCCGAUCUGUAAUAUUAAGAAUUUGAGCACGGGAAAGAGACCUUAACAAUGAUAUUAUCAUUUGACAGCAAUGAAUAGCGGCGAUGGUGCACUGUGUACAAUGUACAAUGUACGGGUUGACAAUUAAAUUACUGCGACCACUCUCUUCCCCCGAUGUCCAAACCUUCACUGGAAGUGGGAGUAGUUUAAGAUUAAGGUUAGGUUGUGUGCGGAAUCAGAUGGAUUUGGCAGGGCGAUUAUCGUACAGAUAUCACUGUCAUGUGAGUAUCUCAGGCUACUUUUCUAACAGUUGAUAUUUCAGAGUUUUGGAGCAGAAGAUGCUAGUGGUGUGCGCAGGACCAUUACCGAGGAUUGAAAAAGAGUCUUCUAAAUCUAGAUCCGAUAAAGAAUGUUUACUUUUGCUUUGAUUUUUAUUUUUUCCUCAUUUCAUAUUGUUGAACUUUCAUCGGAGAAAUCGUCAGUGGAUGCGCCCUUUCCGCAUGAUGGGCUGCAGGCUUUUCAUGUGCAGAAUACCAUCUUCAUAAGGAGUCGUGCUGAUGCUUGGUGGAACCUCAGAUUUUGGAAAUCCCUAGGCUGGAUUGGAAUCCUUAAAUUCUCAAGUGAAGUUACAGGAGCUACUCGCGCUGUCCCUCAACUAGACCAACAGAUGCUCAUGGCACUUAGCACUGUCAGCACGCAGCAAGUUUGUCUAUAAAUUAUUACCCUUAUUUUUGUUUUUUAAUCAAAUAGUCAUUAAUAUUUUACAAGCCUUCGUUGCAUGUCAAGCAAUGAACAAUAUAUGCUGUUCAAAUAAAUUUUACCCUUUUAAAUUCGUAUGGUGAAAACAUAAAUUAUGGUAUUAAA